UUUGAAAUCGCCAUCUCUUUCUUGUUUUGAAUUGCCGCCAUAGGGAAUUUGAGAAUUUUAAAAUAAUCAAUCAAGAAGGCGAUGGCGGACACUUUCUCCCAAGCUGCAGCUGUGGAGCUCUGCUACGAGAACGUGAAUGGAUCCUGCGUGAAAACCCCUUACUCGCCAGGGCCCCGAGCAGUUCUGUACGCCGUCCUCGGUGUGGGGGCCCUGCUGGCCGUGCUGGGAAACUUACUGGUCAUUAUUGCCAUCCUCCACUUCAAACAGCUGCACACACCUACCAACUUCCUGAUCGCGUCCCUGGCCUGCGCUGACUUCUUGGUGGGGGUGACAGUGAUGCCCUUCAGCGCCGUGAGGUCUGUGGAGAGCUGCUGGUACUUUGGGGAGAGCUACUGUACAUUUCACACGUGCUUUGAUACUUCCUUCUGCUUUGCUUCUUUGUUUCACUUAUGCUGCAUCUCUGUCGAUAGAUACAUUGCUGUUACUGAGCCUCUGACCUAUCCAGCCAGGUUUACUGUCUCCGUGUCGGGAAUAUGCAUUAUUCUCUCUUGGUUCUGUUCGCUCACAUACAGCUUCUCUGUCUUUUACACGGGGGCCAAUGGAGAAGGCAUCGAGGAGCUAGUAGCUGCUCUCACCUGUGUAGGGGGCUGUCAGGCUCCACUGAAUCAAAACUGGGUGCUCCUGUGUUUCCUUCUCUUCUUUACGCCCACUGUUGCCAUGGUGCUUAUAUAUGGUAAGAUAUUUUUGGUGGCUAAACAUCAGGCUAGGAAGAUAGAAAGUGCAGCCAGCCAAGCUCAGUCGUCUUCCGAGAGUUACAAGGAAAGAGUCGCAAAGAGAGAGAGAAAAGCUGCUAAGACGUUGGGUAUUGCUAUGGCAGCGUUUCUUGUCUCUUGGCUACCGUACAUUAUUGAUGCCAUGAUUGAUGCUUAUAUGAACUUUAUAACUCCUCCCUAUGUUUAUGAGAUUUUAGUGUGGUGUGUUUAUUAUAAUUCUGCUAUGAACCCCUUGAUAUAUGCUUUCUUUUACCCAUGGUUUCGGAAGGCAGUAAAACUUAUUGUAACUGGCAAAGUCUUAAGGAGUGAUUCAUCAACAAUUAAUCUGUUUUCUGAGGAAGCAGAUAUAGAUUGAGAAGAUUACUGCAGGGAUUUCAAAACCAACGUGGAAUGAAGGUCAAGCUCAACAUUGACCACUUGGCUCUAGAGGGUCAAGUGUCAUCAUUUGCCAACUCGGAGGAUGUUUGAUCUGAAGCAUUGGUCAUCUACAUCUAUCUUGGCACUUUUUCAAAUUUAGUGAGUGAUAAAUAAGAUUUGCUGAUUAUUUCCCAUUUAGUAUUCUUCUAUGUUUUUUUGAUUCUCUACCUUUUUCUCUGAAAUUUCUCCUUGUUUCUUCAAAUAAUUUUAAGUUUUGUACUUUCUUCCGUAUUUGUUACCAAUAUUCAGUUGUUCAAAAUACACAGGUGGGGAAAUGCUCCUGUGUAACUUGUAAGUUAGAUUCUUUGGGGACAAAAAUCCUCUUUAAGGUAUGUUUUGUUUGAGAGGUAAGCACAAGAUUAUAAAUUCUUGCAAAUUUUUUUAAUCUAAAGGACUUUAUAGAGAGCUGUCAUGUGGAACUUCCCUCAGCUUAUAGAUUGGAGAACACUGGCGCUCUUGUGGUUUUGAACACUAGCAAUGCUUCCUCUCCAUCUCAUAGUCACUGUUUCACAAGGAACACGUAUGGUGAUUACACGGUUACACACUAUGUCUACUUUUGGAGAACAUAAUUUAUUAUGGUCAAAUGAGCAUGUAGACAGAAAGAUGGCUUCUGUAUUCCUUUUUAGUAAUUUGAAAUAAAAUAAGAAUUUUAUAAAAAGGUUAAUUCGAAUUCACAUUUUUUAACUUUUGAAUUCUUUCUUUGUACUGUACUGUAUUUGGCAUUUGAAACAUAAAGUCGAGUGACUCCAACAUAGCCAAGGACUAUUUCAAAAUAGCAAUUACUCAAAGUCGUGUUAUAUACUCUAGAAAUAGUUUCAGUUUUCUCAUCUGAUGACAGUUCUUACUCACAUGAAUUUUAAUUCAUUUUAAUUAAAAAUAUAUGUUGAGUGUUUUAAGAUAGAGUAAACAUUUGAAAAAGAUACUACUAAUAGGGUGAUUUGCCUUCUCAAAUCUUGGAAGCAUAGCCUUAAAUCUCUGUUUAGCUGGCUCAUUUUAGACUAUUCUAUGACAAGCUUGUUUCACAAAAUGUAAAGAAGAGGUAAAUGGAGUUACAUAAAUGUUACAUGUUACAUAUUUUAUAUGUGAACCAGUUUGGAAAGAUUUUAUUUCCAAAGCUUAAGCUGUUUCAUAUUUGUACAUUAAUGCCUUCAUUGAGAAUAUUUAGGAGAAAAAAUGUUGAAGAUAAAAGAGAAUGAAAGGAAUCUAAAAGUCUUCGUAGCAGAAUGCGUGUUUGUGAUUCAUGUCAAGGAACAGGUCUGCGAACCACCUUACAAAUGUCACAAUCAAGGUCCCCCACUCUCACUCCGGGAGAAGAGCUCAAAGCCUGUGUCCCUUUGACAGUGAGGCAGCAGUGUUGCCAUCACAGAAGUGUGCGUUCCUUCCCUCAUUCGCAGGUGUGAACUUAUGCUGACAAUCAUAAAUAAUGAGGAAAUCAUUCAGGGGACUUAAAAAAUAUACAUACUAUUCUGCUACCUUGCACUGUGUAGGGUGUAAUCUUUAGAUGAAUUGACUGCAGAGAUAAAUCCUGUCCAGAGAUGUAUGCGAGCUCUCUUUCACAUCAGUAAGUGCAGAAUGCACUUCACAUUUACUCUUUCUUAUUUAUUUUUCUAUUCUCCUUGCAGUCCUUCAUAAAGGAAGCCUUUUGAUAAAAAAAAACUUGUUUAUUUUCCCCAAAACUAACUAGACGAUGACUAUAGCACCACGCCUCUCUUCUGCAUCUCAUGUUUAUACAAAUUUUCUGUUAACUCCUUGGCUAGCUGCACAUCAAACUGCUGUGUACUUUUUAUUUGCUGGUAACUGUUUGUCCACGUUGUUUCAAUACCUAGGACAGUGCUGUGCACUUAGUAAAUCCCUAAGAUAGUUUUUAAGCAAAUAAAUGAGUAAUUCUUCUUUAUUUUCACCC